CAUUCGAAAAAAUUUCAUUUCAACUUUGAGCUAAGUAAAUGAUAUUUUCGUAACCAUAUGAUUUCAAAUCUAACAAUCAAUGGUGAUUAUGACCUUACUUACUAUAUACUUUUCCAAAAGGAAAAAGGAACUCCAGGUGGCCUCCUGUAAAGAUAAUGGCAUUAAAUGUUUUUCAACUCCUAUAACUAAUUUUCGAUGAAUUUUGAGAUGCAGCUUUACUUUCUUUUUCUAUAAAGCCUCGGCCGAAUUUUGAUCUUUUCCGUUGGGUGGAUUUUGGAUUGGACCACUCAUAGUCCACUCUUUCGUUUGGAUUUUGGAUUGUGAUUUCGCAGGCUUUGACCGAUCCUUAACGGUCCUGUUCUCUACAGAAGUCAGAAAAUCGGACAGAAAAGGAAGAAGAAGAGUCGAGAGAUAAACCAGCUUGAGUUCCUGCCAUAUGCACCGAUUCAUUCAUUAGAACCAUGGAUAACACAAUGGUUCUUCUAUCUCAAGCACCAUCCAUGCUACAGGCUAGUCCUCCUCGAGCUCAGUGGGACAGCCUGAUGACUUCAUUAUCGAGACCAUUUCUCCAACCCAAAUUCCAAAUGUUUAACUCAAGAAGAAUACACCCUCUCUUAUGCACUAGGCUGUCCCAUUGGGAUACCUCUUCCCUAUCUAGUGCUCCUGCUGUUGAUAGCGGCAGCAUUAUAAAAGGAAACAAUAUUCUCGAUUCCUUCGAAGACAUAGCAGAACUUCCCUUUCCUGAGAAUCAGGAAACCCAUGUAAUAGAUAUGAAAAAGCAGGAGCCACAGCCUUUAAAAUGGUCAAUGUGGCUCUUUGGUCCUUCUAUUUUACUUAUAACAGGCAUUAUCCCCACUCUUUGGCUACCCAUGUCCUCUGUCUUUCUUGGUCCAAACAUAUCGAGCCUUCUUUCAUUAGUGGGGCUCGAUUACAUAUUCAACAUGGGGGCCACCCUCUUCCUUCUCCUGGCUGAUGCCUGUGCUCGCCCCAAAAGCCUUAAAACCUAUGCCUAUGAAAUCCCCUUGAGUUACAAAUGUUGGAACAUGGGCGCAAACAUAGUAGGUUUAGUCGCCCCUAUAGUAAUGCUCUUGGCCUCUCAUAGGGGCUUUCUCCAACCUACUCUCCCCUUUAUUUCAUUUCUCAUUUUGGUGGGUCCCUACCUUCUCCUCUUAUCCAUACAAAUACUGACGGAGAUGCUGACAUGGCGUUGGCGAUCACCUGUGUGGCUGCUGGGCCCCAUUGUGUAUGAGGGAUAUAGGUUGCUGCAAUUGAUGAGGGGUUUGAGGUUGGUGGGUGAGGUGGGUGCACCCACUUGGGUUGUGGAGGGUCUGAGGGUUUUGGUAUCUUUGUGGGUGCUUAUUCUAGGUGUUCAACUCAUGAGGAUUGCUUGGUUUGCUGGCUUUGCUCCUCAGACUAAGCCUCAGCCCUGAAUUUGAUCCUGUAAAGCCUCAUCUUUCUUUUUCUUUUUUUAUUCUUUCAUGAGCAAAAGAAACCUACACAAAAUUAAAGUUGGGGUUUGAAUUUGGAUAUUUUGGGUCUUCAAAUUUCUUGUUUCUGCCUUUCAAAAUAUGGAAUAAGAAAACAAAAAGCAAAAAUCAAAAAAUUGAAGUUGGGAUUUGUAUUUGGAUGGGGGGUUUAAAUCUAAUAGAAGUUGGGAUUUGACUUGGUUGUAGGGGAUAGUAUUUCCCCAUGUAAGAAAUGAGAUUGUUAAUGAAUCAUAUUAGGGAGCCUGUAUUACAGAUAUUGUCAUGUUUGUGAUUUUAUUAACUGUUGCGCAUAAAGCUGAUGAAUUAUGGACUU